AUGUACAUGAAAUGGUUUGAUACAGUAAUGUUUUACUAUGUUAUUUUAGUGAAUUUAGUGAAUGGCACUUUUUGUCAUUUUCAAAUUUCCCGCCGUUCCGUCCCCUGUACGUCCCAACGUUGCAGGGGACAGAACCCAGAAGACAGAUGCCGGCAUCCGUUGGAGGACAUUACAGGGGACACUGCAGGAGGGAAAUUGCGGGAGCAUAGGACAAGGUAAGAGAAGAACAGAUCCCAGAGCAGCGCCGCAUGGUAGCCCGAGUGUAGCUCGGGGUUACCGCUUAUGCUACACUCGGGAAUACCGUCAGGGAGGCUAC